AUGUCAGAUUUAGAUGAUGAUUUGUUGGCUUUGGCUGGUGGUGCUGAUUCUGAUUACGAUUCUUCGCCGGAACCAGAUGUGACUUCCAAAAAGAGACGGAUAACUGAUUUUGAAGACGACGACGAUGAAGGAGAAGAUGGCAAUGCAGAGAAUGCAGAUGAUGAAUUCGAACAAGAAGAAAUAGUGAAUCCAUAUCCUUUAGAGGGGAAAUACAAGGAUGCUUCCGAUAGAGACCGUUUGGAGGCCAUGGAUGAAUUAACCAAGGAAAGAAUUCUCUUUGAUAGAGGUCAAGAAAUGGAAAAGUACAAUGAAAGAAAGUAUCUUUUAGAAAGAAUGAAAGAACUGAAACGUGGACUGGCGCAGAAGAGCAGUAGUGUAGUGAGUGCAAAAUCACGAAGUAAAGCUGUAAAUACAAAGGAAGAUAAGUUAAGUGAACUUAGAAAACAAAGACAAAAGAGACAAAAGAAGAGUACUGAUUCUUAUGAUGAAGAUGAAGAUGACGACGAAGAAAGCGAUGACAAUCUAGAAGAUGAUUUUGACGAUGAUGGAUAUGAUGAAGAGGGUGAAGUUGAAUGGGGUGGUGUACUGUCAACCCAAAGAGGAAUCUCCGGAGCACGGAAAAGAUCAACUGUCCGGGCUACAGUUACCGAUAUUAAUACUAUUGCUGUGGGGAGAACUGUUUUAUCUAAGCACUUUUAUGUUUCGGAUUUCACAGAUCUGGUUAUUGAUUGUUAUGGAAAGAUCAAUGUAGGUAUGGAUAAUCGGACCCGGCAACCGCUUUAUCGGUUAGUUAAAAUUAUGGAUGUUGUAAGUCGUCCUGAAAAGUCUUAUGUGUUGCCCGCUGGUUCCAAAUGCGACAUAUAUUUAAAAGUUAGUCAGAAUAGUCGGCAAGUGAGAGAAUUUCCUCUCGGUAUGUUUAGUGAUUCACCGGUGACAAAUGAUGAAUUCGAUCGGUACGUUAAGGAAUUACAAAAAGCCGAUGAAGAGAUAGAAUAUGUGGAUGACGUAAAUGAUAAGUUUGAACAGUUGAGUCAUAUGAUUAACCGAGGGAUAAGUGAUAAUGAUGUUAAUGAGAUGUUAGUUCGGAAACAAAAACAAAAGGCCCAAGACUUGAAUAGUUUAUCGGGAUAUGAUGCGGUGUUUGAAAAGACCAAAUUACGGGAUCAAUUGAAGAUUGCUGAACAAGAAAAUGAUUUCGUAAGAGUAAAGGAUUUACAAACACGUCUUAGUAAAUUGGACCAAGUGAUUGUGGAGAAAACAAAGGAUAAAGAUGGUAGUAGUAAGACUUAUGAUUCAAUGCAAAAGGUUAACGAACGGAAUCGGAAGUUAAAUCUGGCUAAUAUCCGGAAAGCCGAAAUCAAGAAUCAAAUUCAAAGAAAGAGUGUUGAACAAAGUAACGAUGAUCCCUUCCUGAGAUUGAAAACGGUUACCCGGAUAUUUUAUCAAGAAAUUACCGAACAAGAAAAUCAACGAGCUUUGGCCGAUGCUCAUAAGAAUUUCCUGAAAGAUUUGGAAGACAGAACCAAGAACGAAGAGAAAUUAGCGGCAUCCACGUAUCGGGUUCUUGGUAAGAUUGAUGAGGUCAUUCGCACAAUCGAUAUUGAUCUUCAGAUAUAG